UGAUAUAGAUUUUAUGAAAACAUUAGAUCAACUGGAUGAGGACGAAGAAGACAGUAAAGAACCUGUACCAUGGAGGACAUCACCUAGAAAAUCUGUGCGUUCGGAAAUAACUCCUCAGAAAAUCAAAAAAGAAAAGACCGGGUUGGCCAGUAAACUCGCAAACAAGGCAAGGAAUGUCAAAGUGCUUGUGGAAGACACACCGACUAAAUCACCACGGAAACCAACUCCAAGGAAACUUGAUGAAAAUGGUAGCAAAUCUAAAGUAACAGUUAUCAAGGAAACUCCACAGAAGACACCGACCAAGUCCCAAGCGAAAACUGUAACUCCUAAAAAAACAACUCCUGCCACAGGUGGUGAUACUGAGGAUGGAACACCACAGGGAUCCAAGCAAAAGGGAAUGUACAGGGCUUAUUUAAACAGAGAAGGACCAAAGUCUUUAGGGUCGAAAGAAAUUCCUGAGGGAGCUGACAAUUGUAUGGAGGGGUUGACAGUGGUAAUUACUGGGGUGCUGGAAUCCCUUGAACGAGACCAGGCAAAGGAAUUGGUUGAAAGGUAUGGUGGUAAAGUGACGAGUAGUGUCAGCAAGAAAACCAGUUAUAUGGUUGUUGGUAGGGAUGCAGGGGAAAGUAAACUUAAUAAGGCUAAUCAGUUUAAAACAAAACAAAUUGAUGAAGAUGGUUUAUUAAAUUUAAUUAAAACAUUGCCAGGAAAAAUCUCCAAAUAUGAUCCUACAAACCAGAUGGGCAAGGUAAAAGAGACACCCAAAAGAAAAAGCACAGACACACCAGCAAGAGAAUCAUUGCCUUCAACUUCAAGAGCUGAAAGCCCAUUGGUUAAGAAGACCAGUUCACCUUUAAAAACUAGUAGUACUGACCAAUCACCACAUAGCUUGCUGUGGGUGGACAAACAUAAACCAACAAACCUUAAACAAAUUAUUGGUCAACAAGGUGAUAAAAGUAAUGUUAAGAAAUUAUUUAAUUGGUUGAAGAAAUGGCAUCAAAUACAUGUUGGAAAUAAAAAGCCUGGUUACAUGAAUAAAGAUGAUGGAUCUGGUUUCAAAGGCUUAUUGUCAGGACCACCUGGUGUUGGUAAAACCACCAGUUCACAAUUAGUAUGUCAGGAAGCUGGGUUUUCAUACAUUGAACUGAAUGCCAGUGAUACUCGAAGCAAGAGAAGCUUGAAGGAGGUUGUUGCCCAGUCAUUGAAUAAUCAAACAGUGGUUGAUUUUCUUGGAGGCACCAGUGAACAGACCAAAGGGCAUAAACAUUGUAUUUUAAUGGAUGAAGUUGAUGGAAUGGCAGGUAAUGAAGACAGAGGAGGUAUGCAGGUUAUUCAUAAUUUGAAUAUGUGGAGUGCAAGUGAAAAGUCCAUGAGUUAUGACCAAGUUAAAAGGGAUUCAGAAAAAGCACAGAAAGACAUGAAAAUGGGACCAUUUGACGUUGUUCGAAAGGUUUUCUGUUUUGGAGAAGAGAGAAAGCACAUGAGUUUCUUUGAUAAAACUGAUUUGUUCUUUCAAGACUAUUCCAUUGGUCCUUUAUUUGUUCAAGAAAAUUAUCCUUCAGUUAUGCCAGUGAAUGCAAGGGGAGAUAUAAAGAAACAUUUACAGUUGCUAAGUCAAGCAGCAGAUAGCAUUUGUGAUGGAGAUCUGGUUGAUAAAAAAAUACGAACACAGCAGAGUUGGAGUCUUCUACCAACACAGGCUGUUUUUGCAAGUGUGAUUCCUGGUGAGAUAAUGCAAGGCAAUCUCUCAUUCAUGGUGAACUUUCCGAGCUGGUUGGGAAAGCAUUCCAGUACAGGGAAAAAUAAUAGGCUUUUGCAAGCACUACAGUUGCACAUGAGACUCAGGGCAUCUGGCAGCAAAUAUGAAAUCAACCAACAGUAUGUGCCUCAUCUUAGGAAUUUCCUGACAAAACCUCUGAUACAAAAUGAACAGGAUGGCGUGAGAGACGUGAUUGAUUUACUGGACAGUUACGAUCUUCAGAGAGAAGAUUUUGAGAGUAUUUUAGAAGUAGGACAAUUUGCAGGAAGAAAAGACCCAAUGAGUUUAGUCAAUUCUAAAGUUAAAGCAGCAUUUACACGGACUUACAACAAAGAAAGUCACAUGGUACCAUACUCGAUGGUUGUAGCAGCUAAGAAGAAACGCGGUGCUGAUACUGGGCUGGAAGAUGACUUGCCAAUAGAUGGUGAGGGUGCUACCCAACCUGAUGCAAGUGAUGUGGAAAGUGAUGAAGAUAUUACCCAUGAUGCAAUGAUUAAGACCAAAAAGCCAGGUUCUAAAGCUGCUAAAAGUACUGCAGCUAAUAAGAAACCCACUGAUGGCAAAGGUAAAGGCAAGGGGAAAGGAAAAGGCCGUGGUAAAGGAAAAUAGUGAUCUUGUAGAUUUGGAGGCCUUACUCAUGUUAGCAAUUGUUUUAUGUAAAUAAAGAUUGUAAACCUCA